AGAGUUGACAAUUUCAGGGUAAAUUUAAUUGGCGGCCACUCCAAUGAAGCCAUAAAAAAUGACUGCUGAAUCUGAAAGCUGGACCAUUAGAUGCAUUUUGAGAUUUAAGGUUGUAUGGACACGUGUCUUUUUUAUGGACCAAAAAUUGAAGUUGGUGCAUCAUAAUUUUUCUAUUUUGAUUUGAUAUGUUAAAUAAAUCUGGUUGAACCGACUUAAAAAUAAACCGGUUUAUGACAAUAAUUAAAUUUAAUUUUAAUUUUUUAUUAAUUAUGAGCUGGUAAUUGGUAAUGGUAUAUCCCAUUCCCGCCUUCUCUCUGACCUAGCAAUUUCCAAAACCUUUAAUCCCGCUCUCCCACUAAUGAGCUAUCAAGUUUCAAAAUUCUCAAUCCCACCUUUUCUCACUCUCUUCUCUGAGCUAUCAAGGGUUAAAGAUCAGAAAAAGAAGGAGGUAUAACCAUGGUGUAAAUCUCGUCAUUAUUGACACUCUGCCCUCCACAGCGUGGUUCUCUUCGAUAAUCGUUGCCACAUCUUUCAUCAGAUAGAGAUGGAAACUACAGAAGCGGGUUCAGCUAAUGACGAUGAUGGUAGCUUGGACCAAGAGAUAGGAACAAAAAAAUGUCAAUGUGGUGACUGCAAGCAGUGUGGAGUUGUUACUGUUGAAGAUAUUAUCAAUCAUAUAUUUUCAACAUUUGAGGUAGCAUAUGAUAUGUAUGUGAGAUAUGCCAAAUGUGUGGGUUUUGGAGUUUGGAAAGGCCACUUUGUGAAAACUAAAGAUGGUUGUUACUCAAAGCGAAAGUUCUUUUGUAACAAGGCCGGAUUGAGAGAGAAGAAAUACUAUGACAAUGUUUCACGAAAAAGGGAACAAAGGGCUGAGACACAAACUAAUUGUCAAGCUAAAUUGUAUUUAUACUUUGAUAAAAGUGCAAAUGUUUGGAGGGUUAAGAAUUUGUUCGAUGAACAUAACCAUGACUUAGUACCACAAUGCAUGGUUCACCUAAUUCCGAACCAUCGGCAGUUGACUGAUGCAAACAAGGCACAAGCUGACAUCAUGCAUAUGUAUGGUGUGCCAACAUCUCAAAUUAUGGGGUUUAUGGCUGGUCAAGCUGGUGGGUAUGCCAGAGCUAAUUUUACAAAGAAAGAUUUAGAUAACCACAUUGAUAGGAGUCGACGGUUACGCAUUUUAGGCGGUGACGCCAACAUUAACCAUAAGCUACCUGUUUGGAAAGGCUGACGUUGACCCGAUGGCUAUGGCACGAUAUAGUUCAACUACGGAGGAUCGGUUAGGUAGCUUAUUUUGGGCCGAUAGAAUAUGUCGAGCUGAUUAUCAAUAUUUUGGUGAUGUCCUUGCGUUUGAUGCCACAUACAAUACAAGAAACUUUUGGUAAUCUUUUUUGGGAGUAACCAUCACAGGCAAACGUGUAUAUUUGAGUUUUCCAUACUUGACAAUGAAAUGGCAUCCACAUACAAGUGGCUACUAGCUAAUUUUUUGGAGGUUAUGAUGAACAAGCAUCUUAAAAUUGUUGUGACUAAUGCAGAUGAGGCUAUGAAAGAGGCUAUUAAUGAGAUUUUUCCAAAUACAACUCAUAGAUUGUGCGGAUGGCAUCUUCAAAAAAAAUGCUACUUUGAGAAUCAAGGACCCAGGCUUAUGUGAAUCAUUUAAAAAGUUUAUUUAUGCCAAGUGGGAUGUUGAUGAAUUUGAGGAGGAAUGGUCAAAAUUAGUUGAAGAGUUUAGUGGUAGAGACACGUCAUGGAUUGACAAAUAAUAUGAAAACAAAGAAAGUUGGGCUAGGGCGUUUCUUUGGGAUAAAUUUUGUGCUGGUUUUAGAACCACUUCACGAUGCGAAGGCAUUAACAACUUCAUAAAAAGAUUUGUUCAUUCAAGGGACAGCAUUUUAGAGUUGGUGGAGAAUCUUGAACAGGCUCUACGAGAUUAUCGCAACAAUGAGAUGGUUGCUCAAUUCAAGACAAUCAAUUCUGAUCCUGUUUUGACAACUGGCUUACAGUCUCUCAAACUUUGUGCUGCAAACAUCUACACUAGAGAGAUAUUCAAACUAGUGAGGAAGCAAAUUGAAGAAGUGAUUUCUUUAGACAUUAUAUAUAGUCAGCCCCUUUCCACAACUAUGGUAUAUAAGAUUUGUGCUUUUCAAAAGAGAGUCAAAAUAUUUAUAGUUGUAUAUGAUCGCAAUGAGAAGAAAUUAGAGUGUGAAUGCUGUCAUUGGGAUCAUGAAGGGUAUCCUUGUAGUCAUAUGUUGUGUGUGCUGAGACGAGAGGAUAUAGAUGAAUUGCCAAAAAGUCUAAUUCUAAAAAGAUGGACUCGAGAUGCAAAAAAGUAUACUAAUGAUCAAAUAGUCGAAAGCACUGCAAAUGAUGCUAAAAAAAGUUUUUUAAUGAGAUAUGGUGCUAUGUCAGUUGCCACAAUGUGGAUGUCAUUUCUUGCAGCUCAAGAAGUUUCACUUUUUGGUGAUACAAUGAAUGAAGUGACUAGAUGGACCAAAGAUCUAGAGAAAAAGUGCAGCAUUAAAAAACAAAAUGGGAUUACUGAUGUAUUGCAUCCUGUUGCUGAAUUUGUUGGUGAUCUUUGUGUCGCUAAGACUAAAGGUACACCCAAACUCAAGAAGAGUGAAACUAGAAAAAGGUCAUGUUCAAAUUGCCUCAUGAAGGGUCAUACAAAGAGGCAUUGUCCAAAAUUGGUUGAUGAAGGUGACCGGAGCCAUGACCAUGUCCCUUUUCGAUGUACAAACACAGAUGAGGUUAUUUAUGCAAUGAUUGCUAAAUUUUGUUUUUUGAAACAAAUUUUAUCAAUUAUUUUCAUAUCAAUAUGUUAAUCAUAUUUAUUCUCGUAG